GAAUAUUAACCUUGAUGUGGACUCAGGUUGGAAGGCAUGAAAGUACUUAAAUAUCGAAGAGAUGACUGCACGGCAUUUGAGAAGUUCUUGCUACAGAGCAGCGAGGCACUGCUGGUGACCUGGCUUCAGGUUUUCAGCUGAAGCCGCAGUGAAACCCUUCACCUCAGGAGAAGCCACCCCAAGAGGCAGUAGCCAGCCUUCCUACCUGAGAAUGACGGAUGUGUGGAGACUGGCCAUAUCUGUGCUCAUGGCAAAUGUUCUCAGGGAUCAGGUCGGGAGCUAUGGGCCACCAGGGCCGCCAGCACCAAGGGGGCUUCCAGGACCUCAGGGGCCUCCAGGACAGUCAGGCCCACGUGGUGCCACGGGUCUUCCUGGUACCACUGAGAAAUGCCACUGCAAAGAAAGGUCAGCCUUCGCCAUGAAGCUCAGCGGAAAGCUUCCUCCAGCUUCUGGGCCAGUCCUCUUCACAGAGGCCCUGUGCAAUGUCCAGAGGGGCUUCGAGGAGGCCACCGGAGUCUUCACCUGCAGGGAGGCUGGGCAUCACUACUUCAGCUUUGGCGUGGAGCUUCGUCACUGCCAGGUCAAGGUGAGGCUGAUGAGAAACCACAGCCGAGUCUUGGAAAAGCAUCAGCUCUCUAGAGACGACUAUGGUGACCUUUCCGGUGCUGUCAUUCUGCCGCUGCGACAGGGGGACAAGGUGUGGCUGGAAGCAGAAGUUGUAAUUGAGGAACUGGAGCAAGCACACGUCUUUAUCUAUUUCUCAGGUUUUCUGACUUUGUCCUGAAACUCUGAGCCUUGUGUGACUGAUUCUCCACCCUGAAAGGGAAUAAAUCUGGUAUCUAGCUUUUCA